UUUGACAUUUAAAUUUGUUUACCUCUUCGGCUGCUGUCACUUUGUUUAUAUUAAUUGUUUUUUUUUUACAAGAACAAUAAAACAACAACAAUAUUCACUUGGAAUGAUUAAAUUGAAUUGUAAUAAAUCCAACGACGUGUUCAGAAUGACAACAAAAAAGAUAUUUAUUUGAUAAAUGAUGAAAAAUUACUUACCUUUUCUAAAUUCGAAAGAUGAUUUUAAGAAGAACGUACAUUAAGAUAAAUAUCAUCUCUCUAAUUAUUAUUAUUUCAUUUUUACUUAUUUCUGUACAUUUUAUUUCAACUUUCAUGUGUUCCUCAAAGGAACAAAAUACAUCAAAAUACAAUAAAUCAAAAUAUCGUCUAAUUGUUCUUGUUUUAAGUGGUGUUGAUCAUUUAGAGCAACGUGAUACAAUUCGAAAAACUUGGCUCUCUGAAAAAUACAACGAUGUUAGAUAUUUAUUUGCCGUGGGAACAUUAAAUAUUCAUCAAAGUCAAAGAAUUACUCUUCAAUCGGAGAAACAAAAAUUUAAUGAUCUUCUUCUAUUGCCAAAUCUUCAGGAUACUUAUGGAACAAUAACAAAAAAAAUUCUUCAAUCUUUCUUUCAUAUUCACAAAGAAUAUGAUUUUGAUUUUAUUCUCAAAUGUGAUGAUGACAGUUUUGUUAUUAUUCAUAGAAUAUUAAGAGAAUUAGAUCGUUGGGAAAGUGAGGGUAGAAAAAAAUUUUUAUAUUGGGGAUUUUUUAAUGGAAAAGCACAAGUUAAAAGAAAUGGUCCUUGGAAGGAGACUGAAUGGAUUUUAUGUGAUAAUUAUUUACCAUAUGCACUUGGUGGAGGAUAUAUUUUAUCAUACAAACUUGUUGAAUUUAUUGCCAAAAAUGCGGAAAAUUUAAAAUUAUACAAUUCUGAAGAUGUUUCUGUUGGAUUGUGGCUUGCACCAGUUGCAAAUAUCGAAAGGCGACAUGAUGUUCGCUUUGACACUGAAUACCGUUCCAGAGGAUGCUCAAAUCAAUAUUUAAUUACACAUAAGCAAACAAUUGACAAUAUGAGAAGUCUCCAUGAAUUAUAUCAAUCAAAUGGUAUUUUAUGUUCAAAAGAAAUACAAAGACGUAUGAGUUAUCAAUAUAAUUGGACUGUGCCUCCUAGUCAAUGUUGUAAUCGACAGUCAGGUAUUCCUUAAGAGUGCUUAUUUUAAUAUUUAUCGUUAAAAAUAGUCCAGAAAAAAAUAACAACGAAUUUUUAUUUAUAAAAUUUUAACUUCUGAUUUUUAGGUUUUUAAUUUUUUUGUAGAUAAAAUAUGUAAAUUUUUGUGAUACAUAGCAAAGAUUAUUUAAAAAUUAAGAAAAGAAUGUAGUUUUAUAUACUUGCAUUGAUAAAUAAAUAACUUCAAUUACUUAAUAAAAAUAAUUAAAAAAAAAAUUUAAACCAAGAAAUUAAAAAAAUAUUUUAGGAAUUGUUUUAAAUAAAAUUCCAAAGACGUUUUAGCUAAGGUAUAUUCAUAUUACAGAUACAUUUAUACAUGUAUAUAUACACACAUACAUAUAUAUAUGUAUAGCAUCUUCGACUUGUUUUUAGUUAAGAUCUCGCCAACUUAUUUCGUCUUAAAAACGGAAAAAAUUUUUCAUUAACUAACAUUUUUACCAGAUUCACACUUCACGUCUCACGAAAAGCGCGUCAAUACUGGUUUUCUAGAUAUGUUAAUUUUUUACUUUAUCAAAUUAGUGUAAAUUUCUUUCAUAAUUUUUGGUAAAGUUUCAUCCCAAGUUCUUUUAUUUUAUUAAUAAAAAAGAAUCUUUCUUUAAAUUGAUUCAUCCGAACAAUUUUGUCAAACUUUGGAGUAUUUUUUUUUCUUUUUUUUUUGUAUCUAAAUUUCACUGAACAUUCAAAUUUGACGAUUAACCAGGCUUGUCACGCUUAAAACACUCGACAAAAAGUAAUUAUUCCGUUCAAACGUACAAACAUUACCACAGACAUCUACUCAAGAGUGUACAAUUCAAUCGCUAAACUAUUAUCUUUGAAUAUAAAUAUAUCGUCGUAUGCAUUUGUCAAUUUCUAGUAAACGCUAACAUUAUUAGUAAUCUUGAUGACAAGAGAAGAAUGAAACUUACAAAUCAGGGAAUUUCAAAUGCAACUCCUGUUUUGUUCAUAAAGAUUACAAUUAAGUGAUCUACAAUUAUAAUAAUAAUAAUAAUAAUAAUUAAAACGGCUUUUGUUUCUAAAUCGAGCCAUUGAAAAAAAAAAAUUAUCGACUCGAAUUUAUAAUAUAACCGUCAAAAAGCUCAAGAUUCAUUUAAAUACGCGAUGUACCCUGACCAUCGUAAUACUGUAUUGUAAAAAAAGAAAUUAGUUUAUGAAAAAUCUUAAUGUCAAUUACGAAGAAGCACAGUACUGGUCACAAAUAUUAAGCCAUCUAUUUUUAAAAAUUUCUUAAAAAACUUAUUUUGCUUCUAACUAUUUAAUUCUAUAAUUAUUCAGAAAAGACAGAAAAUGUUAAAAAAAAGUUCAUAAUUCUAAAGAAUUUAAAAAAGGAAGAUAAUUAAAAUUACUAUUUUAAAAAAAAGUUUAAAAAAAUAGUAGCUUGCUACAUGUUGUCAGUACUGUAUUAUGCCGACAAUUUUUACUUCUUUAAAUUUUAAUGAAGUAACGUAGAAAUAUUUCUAGCAUAAUAACAGUAUAUUAAUGACAGUAUUGAUAAAUGACAGCAAACUUCUAAUUAUUAUUUAAAUGGGAGGGGGGCGACUACUCAGCCCUGUGCUUUUUUUUAUCCUUUUCUAUCGAAACUCAUCAAAUAGUUAAAAAAAAAAGAGAAAAGUUGUCACUGAAAAAUUGUUUACGAAAUUCAUCCAAAAAAAGAAAUCGUGAAUAGUAAUUUUUUAUUCAAAACAAUGAAAUGUAUUUUUUUUGUUCACUAUUAAUAUCCAUUCGAUGAAAUGGAUACAAAAUUUUUUUAUCUUUCUUUUUCAUAGGGCACAGCCGAGAUGAUGGGUCGCUCGGGAUCGAUCAUCCUACGUCAACUUAUUUAAUUUUCUUUUAUUAAUAUUUAUAUUUAUAAAUUUAUGUAUAGCAAUACUAGAUCUCGUUUUCAAAUUAAAAAUUUUAGCGCGAAAUAAAAAAAAUAUAUAUAUAAUGUAUUGUCCGGUAGAGUCAAAGGUAUUUUUUUAAAAAACCUCCAGUACCAGAGAAAAAAAAUUAAAAAACUAACUACAAUAAUAUACUUUUUUUUUAGUUUACCCUCGAAGCUCCAUUGAACAUUUGGGGUAUUUUUCAAAUAUAUAUAUAUAGACUUUUUUUUUCUUUUCGAGAGAUCAUCAAUUCGUUCAAAACGUUUGUUCCUCAGUUUUUUCUGCAUCCGUCGAUAGUGUUUCACGUAAAGC